AUGGCGGUGGAUCACAUUUUUGUCGAACUUAACAGGCAUUGAAAAUACCGUAUGUGGAUAUGUUUUCUGUUUGAGUGUGAGAGAAGGAAUUUAAGAUAUUCAGUUACGGUUCAUUGAACUCGUAUUCCAGUUAUAAAUAGUUUGAUUGAGGAAGAGCAAAUCUCAAGCGUUGGAAUUGAAUGGAAGUCAGAUGAUCCAGAUAUGGACAAUAAAAACAGUGACAUAGCAGUGCAAGUUGAAUCUUCAGCAGCUACAGGAAGUAAGGAAGUUGAGCAAGGGAAACAACCUUCUGAUUCAUUGCUUAAGAAAACAACAAAGGAAGAAAAAAUUAGGAAGAAGGAUGAUAAAAGUGUUGAACAGGUUUUGAAGGCUUUGAAUAGUCUUGAAACAACAGAAGAGAAACUGGCUGCAAUGUGCAAGAAAUACACGGACAUAGUAGAUGAAAAUCGUAAACUUCAGUUAACAGCAAAGCAAACAGAAAAGAGACUGAUCAUGGUGCAGCGGGAAAAGGAGCAACUGCAAGCAGAACACAGCAAAGCUGUCCUUACUCGCAGUCGUUUGGAAAGCCUGUGCCGAGAGCUGCAGAGACAGAACAAGGCUAUCAAGGAUGAGAGUUUGUUGAAAAUCCGAGAAGAAGAAGAGAGGCGAAAGGAAGUGUCAGCCAAUUUCCAGACUACCCUCAAUGAAAUUACAGCCCUAAUGCAGCAGAAUAAUGAGAAAAACUCGAAACUUAGAGAAGACAACCUUGAAAUGACUAAAAAGUUUAAAACAGUUUGUGAACAAUAUUCGUUGAGAGAACAGCAAGUAGACAAGAUCACAAAACAAAUGCAACUGGAAGCCCAGCUGGCUGAUGCCAAAUUGGCAAAAGCCAAAAUGGAGAUGGCUGCAGAAAAGGAGGUGCUUCUGAAGGAGAAACAGCAGCUGCUCAUGGAUUUGACUGAAUAUCAAGCAAAAUGUCAGGAGCUCCGUACAACAGAAGUGAAUUUAAGAAGUCAGAUCAGCCUUUAUACAGACAAGUACGAUGAAUUUCAAAAUGCAUUGAUCAAGAGUAAUGAGGUAUUUGGAGGAUUUAAGGGUGAAAUGGAGAAGAUGUCAAAAAAAGUUUGUAAAUUGGAAAAGGAAACCUCAUCAUGGAAACAGCGUUGGGAGAAGAGCCAUCAGGCUCUGCUGGAGAUGGCUGCUGACAAGCAGCAGAGAGAUGGUGAACUUGCAUUAGCCUCUCGCCAGCUGGCACAGCUGCAGAAACUGUGCAGGACUUUGCAGGCAGAGAGAACAUCACUGCUUGCACAGCUGAAGACUGAGGGAACAGCCAAGACUGGAGAUAACACUGGCAGAGGAAAUGUGCCUUCAGAAUCCUUGCAAAAGUCACAAGAUCUUGUGACAGACACUUCACUGUGCCCUGAGAAAACAGAUUUGUGCAGACAUGAGUCAAAUAAAGAUAUACAUGGCCUCUCAGCUCAGACUGAGGAACCCAGAAAAGAAGGAGUACAGAUAUUUAAGCAAAAUGAGAAUAGUUCACCUAUUGAAGGAACUGUUACAGAACUAACACUAAAUGGCAGUGGACAACAGAAUGAAGAACACCCUAUUGUUGUAGAAACCAAGAACAGUUCUAUUUUGGAAGAAGUGGGUUGUGUAACAGGGGUUCGAGAAGAGUCAACAGAUGGACAAAAUUCUGUUCAAGAAACUAGUGUAAAUUGUAUGGCAGUUAUGCCUGAACACAUAUCAGACUCUGAAAUCAACCUGGAAGAACCUAAACUUAAUAAUAGUAUAUCAAGUGAUCAUUCAGGAAAUGACUUACAGUUGUCACAAACUGAGAAGGAAUCUGUUGGAAAUAUUUAUACAAUGGAAGAAGAGGAAUGUAUGGCAAAGAGUCACACAAUAUUAACUGAAACAAAGGAUGAAUCUAAUGUAAACUCCGUUACAAUAACUGCAGUAAAUGAAGAUGAAAUUACACUAAAUAACCUGGAUCGUUCUUCAGACUCAGUUGUAAAUGGCCAAAUGCCAACAUUAGUUCUUAAUCAAACAGUUUUGACACACGACAUAGAGCUUUCUGAGAGCAAGAAUAUCUCAGUUGCGACUGUGAAUGCACCAAACAACACUAAUUACGUUUCAGGGAAUGGAGUGGUAGAAGAAAUGCCUGUAAAGGUUUCAGGUGCUGAGUCCAAGAAAGGAAAGGAAGGUGCAAGAAAACGAAGAAAUAAAUGAAAUUGAUGUGCCCACAAACAGAAGAAAAUUUAGACGAAUUUCCCAAGAGUCAAGAGAACCUAAUAUUUGGACAAAUGAAUUAGAUUUCAUGCAGUAAUACCUCACAUCAUUUUAUUAUCUGACCAGUUUGUAAUGAUUUCACUGGCAUUAAUGCUUUUUUUAUGUUUUCUGCGGUUUUUAUUUUGUUUAAAUAUGUAUGAACUAUUACUGGUGCUGAAGGUGAUUCUAAAACUUUUGAAGAAGUGGUAAUUAUUUUGAUGAGAUUUCAGGUUCUUGUAGUGGUGAAUAUGAAGGUACUGCCUUCUGGGAUGUGGGGCUGUGUAGUCUGGUAGAUAAGUACCCUUCAUCUUUUGGGUAGCUACACUGAAGAUGAAGGCAAAUGUUAGUUAUUAUCAUCACAUUCCAGAAGGUAGUAAUCUAUAAUUAUUAUGGGCAUUUGGUUCAUGCUGUAAUUACAGAGCAAUCAUUUUCUUUCAGUUUUACCAGGGUGUUGAAAUAUUAAUGAAGUAAAUGCAGUUUUCCUUUUAAA